ACACGUGGCUUCACAUGAUCUGCAUAAAUCAAUGUCAAAGGUCAGUAGAGAGUUCAAGUUCAACGAAAUAGAAUGUUCGGAAGGAAAAAUUUAAGUUCAUAUUUCCAAGGUCGCGCAUCGCUAAUAAUUAUAAUAUUAUGCAAGUAUUUUCCAAUUUGUUUGUUUUUUUGUUUUGACACAUAAGAUAUUUUAAUGUAGCGCUGUUUAGUGGAAUUAUACAGAAGCGAUGAGUUCAUUGUCUUUGACAUUUCCAAUAUCAUGUCAUAUUUGCUUGGGGAAAGUAAAAGAUCCAGUAUUGUGCCAGAAUAACCACACAUUUUGUAUUACCUGUCUUGAUACAUGGUUGCAAAAAAACAACUGUUGUCCUACUUGUCGAAUUGAAAUAAGUCAGGAAAAACCUUAUAAAAAGGUCAUAGGAAGUAACGAUUACAACCCAGAAUCUCUGAGCCUAGAAAUGAAAAUGCAACUUCGGAAGACAAGAAUGAAACUUCUUAGCAUGGAGUAUGAGACUGAAAUUGAAAGUUUGAGUGAGCAACUCAAAUCUGCGACUGCUGAAAACGAAGCACUGAAAAAAAACCUAAAAAACAAAGAAGCAGCUUUGGAAAUAACUGAGUCAAGUCGCGGAAAAAAUAAUUGCGACAUCAGUGAGCUUACAAGUUUGACAAAGAAACUUCAAGAAAUAAGUAAAACAUAUGAUGAUGUCCUUGCUGCUAUGAGUAAACUUCAAAAAGAAAAAGAACAAUUGCAAAGAGACAAUAUUUGUUUGAAAAAAGAAGUUUCCAAGUUAAAGGAAGAUUCUAUGUUUACAAAAUCACCACAAAGAUAUGAAAAGUUUAUGAUAACUGGUUUGAAAGCCAAAAUUGACACGUAUGAAAAAGAGAACCAGCAGUUAAAAAAAGCAUUAGAAAACAGCGACAAAUAUGCAGAAGAAUUACAGUUCGAGCUGGAGAGUUUAAGGAAAGCUUGUGAUUUAGGAAAGACGGAAAAUACUUCAAAAAAUAAUGACCCAGUUCCCGUUGUGCAAAACAAAAUGCAAGUUGAUGAAAUUGCGAAGUAUUCCACAAUUCAAGCUUCGCAUGAAACAUAUGAUAAAAGUAUUCUUGGAUCUGGCAAUGUAACUGUGUGCAACACACAAACAAGAGCUCUUAGUUCCGGACACAAGACAAACGUUUUUACUUCUUCAUCAUUGUCUCAAAGUUGUGAGUCUGUAUCGCGUGAUCUUUUCCCAGCGACUAAGAAAUUGUUGGCAUUGAAAAAAAUACAUGAAAACAAACCAGGUACUUUUCCUCAAACGGCACGAGAUCCUUCCUCUCUUAUCAGCUCCAUUGUUUCAACAGAUGAAGUAAUACCGAGUUCAAAUGGUCAACCAUGUUUGUCUACUUCAAUGCAACAUGAAAUUUAUCCAGAACAAGGCUCUGGUUUGCAGUCAUGUUCUUUUGCCGUAGAACGUACAACUGUGCAACCCACUCGCACUUGUAAUAUUUUUCUUACUGCUGCUGGUCCUAAGUCUUCGUCUCAAUUGUUGAAGAGAAAUACUUCUGUUGAUUCUAGUUUUCUUCAAAAAAAAAUUAAAGUGGAGAAAGCAUAAACGUUUGCUUCUAUAUUACACUCUAUAGUUUAAUUUGAAGUUUUUGCAAUGGUAUUCCGUGUCCAAGACAAGUUAAAUUCUUCGUAAUUUAAUGUUUAUCCUUAAAAUAUUAACAACGCCAUUAUUAGCAAAUAUUAGCAACGCCAAAGACUGUCAAAUAUCGAUAAAAAAACUUCUAUGUCGAAUUGCUAGAUCGUUUGUAAAAUAUUUUUGACAAUAACGUAGUUAUUUUCCACUGUAAUAAUAUAAUUUACAUAAUGAAUAAAUCAUAUUUUUCUACUA